GUGCAAGAAAUGAAACACAUGCAAGAAAUAUCGAAGUUCUUCCCAAGCAACACGGAAGACGACGAGAUGCAGGAGCUGGAGGAAAGCACCUGCCAAGGGGUCUCGUCUGAUCCUGAAGAGCAGAGUUGGGAAAUGGUGGUCAGCAAGAAGCACUUCAAACUAUGGAGGCGUCCGGUCGGCGGGGGUCAUAUGUACCAGUAUCGAGUCUUUGGAACAUACACAGAUGUGACACCAAGACAGUUUUUCAAUGUGCAGCUGGAUACGGAAUAUCGGAAGAAAUGGGACUCCCUCGUGAUCAAACUGGAAGUGAUUGAGAGAGACCGGGAUACGGGCUCGGAGGUAGUGCACUGGGUAACUCACUUUCCGUAUCCAAUGUAUUCGCGGGAUUACGUUUAUGUUCGGCGGUAUGAUGUGGACCAAGAGAACAACCUGAUGGUGCUGGUAUCACGAGCGGUAGAACAUCCAGGCGUCCCCGAAGAUCCUGAAUUUGUCCGGGUCCGAACCUACGAGUCACAAAUGGUCAUCCAUCCUCACAAAUCAUUUGAUGAGAAUGGCUUUGACUACCUGCUCACGUACAGUGACAACCCACAAACUGUGUUUCCUCGAUACUGUGUCAGCUGGAUGGUUUCCAGUGGUGAGUUUGGGGACUGUGAUUCUUCAGCAUAGAGAACGGGCUCCCCAAAGUGGCAGAACGAGAACUCUUUUGAGUUGGUUGUGUAAAACACCAGGUGACCUCAGAUCCCAGAAGG